AUGAAUCACACCGACUUGGGGGUGCUCACGACCGACGAGAUGGAUCAAAUGUGGGGUUCUGAAAACCCCGGAUUGCAGACCAGUUUUUCGAAAGAUAACAUGUCACCUGAUCCUUUUGGGACGACACCUCCAGCACCCGGGAAACCUAGGGUAGACACCAUGGAAGACUCACUCUCUGGGCUCGGUGCUGUGUUCGGCUCCACAAGGAGCCCGGGCAGGUCACUGAAAUCAGACUCGAAGCCCAUGGAGUCUCCAGUAUUGGCACUGCGCGAUUCCGCCAACAACCCCAUUACGCAGACCCGUCGGAUGGACACUGGUAGUAGCAGCCUCCAAGAGGAAUUUGAGGCUCUGCUAGCGAAAAGACGAAACAAUGAGGUACUUGUAGAAGGCGAACUUGCCGGGACCGAAAAUAUUCCUCUUCGCACUCUGUCUCCGCGAAUGGGUUUACGCCAGCAUGCUUCAGGAGUCCCUGCGAAGGCUACAAUAAAGCAGGCUCUUCAAGUGGUCCAGGCCGGGAAUACCCACCACAAGACGGAGAUCAGUCAUGUCAGCCAGGUCCAUCAGGUACCCGACGCCGGCCUCCACGAUCAGGCGGAGGUGGAUCAGACCCUCCAGAUCACAAAAGCCGGCGAGAUCCACCUGAAAGCAAAGGAAAUCCAGACCAGCCAGAUGAAAAAAGUGAAAGGGAAUCAGCAGAUGGAAAAAAGACGUCAGCUGAAAGAUGGUUAG